GCGCGUGCUGCGCUGGGAUGGAGCCGACCAGACCGGAACCGCGCGGCUCCGCACACGUGCUGGGCCCGGGGCCGCCGUUUCUGGCUCCUCCCCGAAAAAGAAACUCGGAUCGGGGUCGUGCGGGUAGAGCCUGUUAGGCUCCCCCUCACUCUUCCGCCGCGGAUCUCUCUCCUCUUGCUGGGUCCUCGGUCCCGUCUUCUCUCCGCAUCUGGGCCUGGGAAGAGGCCGCUGCCGGAAGGCGGAUGUUCGGGGCCCCGCCUGCGCCGGCGGUGGGAGCGAGAGGCCAGGCGCCUGGGCUCUAAGAGGGCCUUCGUACUAAUCAACUUUUGAAAGUGCGAGACUGAAAGUCCUGGUUGUGUUUGGAGAAGGUGCCUGAUCCAAAUAAGUCAAGGACCUAAAGGGCCGAGGUAGGAGAAAGCCAGAGGUGCCAGAAUAGCCCCAAGUCCGCAGCUCAGGACGGUCAUCAUCAAAUGGACCAAGUUGGCCAGAUGCUUGAGCUUCCACAAUGGCUGAGAAUGGUGACAGUGAAAAAAUGACUGAUCUAGAGUCCAAAAUUUGUCAACAAAUUGAGUACUAUUUUGGUGACUUUAACCUUCCACGAGACAAAUUUUUAAAGGAACAGAUCAAAAUAGAUGAUGGCUGGGUACCUUUGGAGAUAAUGAUCAAAUUCAACAGAUUAAGCAAACUAACAAAAGACUUUGAUGUGAUAAGAAGUGCUCUAAAGAAAUCCAAGGCAGAACUAAUGGAAGUUAGUGAGGAUAACACUAAAAUCAGAAGAUCUCCAAAUAAGCCCCUCCCUGAAGUAACAGAUGAGUAUAAAAAUGAAGUAAAAAACAGAUCCAUCUAUGUUAAAGGUUUUCCAACAGAUGCAACCCUUGAUGAUAUAAAAGAAUGGUUAGAAGGUAAAGGUCAAGUACAAAAUAUUCAAAUGAGGAGAACAUUACAUAAAGCAUUUAAGGGAUCAAUAUUUGCUGUGUUUGAUAGUGUUGAAUCUGCGAAGAAGUUUAUAGAAACCCCUGGACAAAAAUACAAAGAUACAGAGCUGCUGAUACUCUUUAAGGAAGAUUACUUUGCAAAAAAGAAUGAAGAAAGGAAGCAAAAUAAAGUAGAGGCUAAAGCAAGAGCUAAACAAGAGCAAGAAGAAAAACAGAGGCAAGCAGAAGAUGCUGAAUUGAAAUCCCUGGAUGAAAAGGUUGGAUGCUUGCUGAAAUUUUCUGGUGAUUUAGAUGAUCAAACUUGUAGAGAAGAUCUUCACACACUGUUCUCUAAUCAUGGAGAAAUAAAGUGGAUAGACUUCAUCAGAGGAGCAAAAGAGGGAAUAAUUCUAUUUAAAGAAAAGGCAAAAGAAGCACUGGACAAAGCCAAUGAAGCAAAUAAUGGAAACUUAAAAUUAAGAAACAAAGUUGUAACUUGGGAAGUAUUAGAAGGAGAGACAGAGAAAGAAGCUUUGAAAAAAAUCAUUGAAGACCAACAGGAAUCCCUAAAUAAGUUGAAGUCCAAAGGUCGCAAAUUUAAAGGAAAAGGAAGAGGAAGUGGUAAAGCUGUCCAGGGUACACCCAGUAAAGGAAAAAUACAAUUCCAGGGCAAGAAAACAAAAUUUGAUAGUGAUGAAGAACAAGAAAAUGGUGAUGCUGGAGGAUCCCUUAAAAGGACACGAGAAGAACCUGAAAAAGAAGAACCUGCACCAAAGCAAUUGAAAACAGAAAAUGGAGCUGGAGACCAGUAGCUUGAUAAAAAAUUUUUUAUUCAUUUUAAAUAAGUUUUAAGCUGUUACAGAUUUGGGGGUCUUUAAAAAGAAAACCGAAUUAAAUCCACUUCAACGUCCACCUAUAAUAGAAGGAAAGACUAUUUUUGUUUAACUUGUUUUUGUUGUCCAGGUAUCCUUACUCAAUCUGGAUGUUUUUUUAUAUGUAUAGUUUUGUUCAUGAUAUCAGAUGUUGGCAUUUCAGACAUCGAUCUGAACAUCAAAAGAAAGGUUCUUUCAGUGAAGCCUGACUCUGUAAUGUUGGAAAUACCAACAAAUAAAAUGUAUACUACAUAAAAGGCAAAA